CCUGAAGCAGCCGCGACUUUGAUUGAUUUGAUAAUGGCCCAAGCCGCAGGGAGAAGAGGGCAAGCUCGAAGACAAAUUCACUGUAGACGUAAAAUAAAAUUCCACCGCGCGCCCAAUAUUUGUAACAAUUUUUCCCAUUAUGUAUCUGUAAUCCAUCCAUCCAUCCUCCCCCCCUUUCUUCCACUAUCAACGCAUCGACACAUCGACGCAUCAAUGCUAGAACAACAAAUAUUCUUGUAGAUGCAGCCAUCAUCACCACGUCCGCCAUUCAUCUAACCCGUAAUUAUGGUUGGCAAAGUCAGUGAGAAGGUCCUCCUCCGGGAAGGACUUGAACGAACCGACAAUGGCAUGAAGCAGACGAGCUGGCCCGAUGUCACGCCAAUCAACCAAAAGAACUAUUACACUGAUUACAUGAAACGCGAUGACCAAGUUCUAGCCCUUCGAUUACAGGCCGAGGCGAAUAGAGAUAGACUCGUCCAGAGCGCUAAAGACCGCGAUCGUGCCCUUGCGCGCAACGGACAUGCCGAAGUACCACUACCAGUCUCCGACAUCCAACCAGAUGAUGCUGCUCCCUCCGUUAGCGAAGGCUUGGACCCUUCCAAGGUGAUUGUUAUACAUCCGGGAAGUCAGAACCUUCGAAUAGGGUUUGCUAGCGAUGCCUUGCCUAAGACUAUACCUAUGGCGAUUGCCACCAGAUUUCCCCAGACCGAAUCCGAGAUGUACGAGGCUCUUCCCCGCCGGCAGUUCGAAGCUAAAACUCUAGACCAACAAUACGGCGAGGAAUGGUCUAAGAAGUACCAGAAGAUGUCCAAUGAUCUCAAGGUGGAUAUGCGAUCCAGGAAGCUUAGAGUGCUACCAAAUUCGAAAGAGUUGGUUGUAAAUCAUAACAGACGAGUUGAACCAAAAGAGAUAUCGUUACAUAACGACGCUCUUCAAAUCGAAUGGACCGACGUCAACGCUCUUGAAGAUCCCAACUCGUUAGCUUCGUGUUUUAUAGGCCAAGCAGCUCAGCGUAUUCCCGACGACUCGAACCCCAAAUUCAAAUUGUGGUGGCCGAUGCAGCAUGGCUGGCUGAACGAGGACGACUACACGACUGCCGAGCACCUAUACGACGAUUUCGAGACUCUCUUAGACAAGGCUAUCAGACAGGAGCUUGGGCUAACUAGGAAUAGCGCAUGGAAGAAUUAUAGCUGUGUCUUUGUGAUUCCCGAUCUGUACGACAAGAAGUAUGUCGAACAAAUUCUCAAGUCAUGCAUGACGUGGUUCGAAUUUAGUCGGAUAUGCUUCGUUCAGGAGAGCAUGGCCGCGACAUUCGGUGCUGGAUACACACAAGCAUGUGUAGUUGAUGUCGGGGCUCAGAAGACCUCGAUCGCCUGCGUUGAAGACGGGCUUUGUGUCGAGGACUCUCGCGUUAAUCUCAAGUACGGCGGCUAUGAUGUGACGGAAACGUUCAUGAAGAUGAUGCUUUACGAUAAUUUUCCUUACCAGGAUAUUAAUCUCAGGAGACGAUACGAUUUCCUCCUAGCCGAGGAACUAAAAAUCAAAUAUUGUACGAUGAACCAGAACGAUAUUUCAGUACAACUCUAUAAUUUCUUCCUGCGCACUCCUAAUCGGCCGACGCGCGAGUACAGCUUCAAGACGUACGAUGAGGUGCUUCUUGCCCCGAUGGGUUUCUAUGAGCCGUCUAUCUUUGAUAAUUCGGCCAAAAUACGCAGUCGGCGCAAGCUGGUCGACCGCUCUUAUAAUGCGUACGACGUUGACGUACCCGACGACCCCGUCUCCGCAGCGCAGACCGCGAUUCUUGCUCUUAUCAAACCUUCUGUGGUCUCUAAUGCCAACGGUUUCCAGCCCUCAUCUCUCGACCCUAACGUCGCCACACCCAUGAAGGAGAAAUCCCAACCUUUUAACUUCCUCAGGGGCGAACUUAACAACGGAACGCCAGCCGGUUCAACUGCGGCCUCUCCGGCCCCCGAAGGGGCCGCAACCCCCAUCCCACCGACCUUCCACUUCGGCGCAAACGGCACAGUAACAGGGACUGGUAGCCCGGCACCAAAUGGGACAUUUACCGCGCGAAACGGGGCGUCCCCGGCACCGCCAGCAGGCAUGUUUGUGGACUCGGCGGCACGCAGCGCGAAAGCGCUAGCCGCGGAGCGAGACUCGGUGCUACCCGUGGUACCGCUCGACAUCGCGAUCCUGACGAGCAUCCAGAACGCGGCCAAGGGUGACGACAAGAAGCUGCGCGACUACAUCGGCAGCAUCAUGGUGGUGGGAGGGGGGUCUAAGACCCCGAUGUUCACGCAGGUGCUGCACGAUAAGCUCAAGGCCCGCCGUCCCGAGCUCGCCGACCGCGUGCUUAUCACGCACUCGGCCCGCGACAUGGACGAGCAGGUCGUCGUCUGGAAGGGCGCCAGCGUCUUCGCCAAGCUCCCCGCCAACGACUCCUGGAUCACACCGUUCGAGUUCGAGCGGCUGGGCGCCAGGGUACUGCAUCAUAAGGUCCUUUGGGCUUGGUAGUUGCUGCUGGUUUGGGGUUGGCUUCGGGUUUCGCGAUGCGUGUGAGCAAGAAAGAGGAGGAGGAGAAGGAGGAGAAGCAAGAGGCUGGAUUUGAUUGGAUUGAAGCCCCUAAUAAGUGCCUAUCUAACCUAACCUACUUCAGG